CCUAAUUUCCAGACGCUAUGGCGGAUUGAUCAAGCGAGCAGCGCCACAGAGGCGAUUGCUAGGGUAUGGCUUGCUUGCAACCGGCGUGCUGGCUCAAGCCAUGCGUUUCCUCGACUAGUGCAAGCGCCAUUUCUUCCUUGGCGUCUUGGCCGGAUCACAAUCGGGCAAAGCAGGCGUGGAGCUCGUCCAGGGCUUUUUCUGCAAUAGGGCUAUGGCGGAGCGGGAGGAAGCAUUCUAGCUGCGCCGCGGCUACCUCAUCGGCAUCGUCUGGCGAUGAAUUAACUUCUUCCUCUGCUUCGUCCGCUGGCAAUCGAUCUCUUUCCAAGACUAGGAGAGAUAUGUUGCUGGAGUAUGUGCAAAAUGUCCAGCCCGAGUUCAUGGAACUCUUCAUCCAAAAAGCUCCUCAACAGGUGGUCGAGGCUAUGCGAAAGACAGUGACGAACAUGCUUGGAACGCUUCCUCCACAGUUUUUCGAGAUAACUAUCACUACGGUGGCUGAGAAUCUUGCUCAGCUCAUGUAUAGCGUCCUAAUGACAGGAUAUAUGUUUAGAAAUGCGCAAUACCGUCUCGAGUUGCAACAAAGUCUAGAACAGGCGGCACUUCCGGCCCCCAAAGACGAGAAGUUUGGUCCCGAAUUCGAGAGUAAGGUACAAAAGUCGCAAGUCCAGGGGAGCGUCUUGAAGUGGCACAAAGAAGAUGGCCCGGUGGCUAUGGACGCCGUGGAAUACAUCGAGUUCUUAGAGUCGGAGGUGGAAAAGCUUCAGCAGCAACUAGAGCGAGGCAAGGUGUCUGGCCAGAACGAGCUUCUCGACUACUUGAAAAACCUGGAGCCCAAAAACUUACAGUUUUUGAGUUCGCAGGAGCUGACAACUAGCGCCGGGGAGGACGCAGUGGAAGCCAUGAACACAUUCGUGCAACGCUUGAUAAGAAUCUCGGACGCUGCAAUGCUAAAGAGAACUGCGACCGAGACGAGCGCGAAAGAACUGGCGAGAUUGUUAUACUGGCUCAUGGUGGUGGGAUACAGCAUCCGGAACAUCGAAGUUCGCUACGACAUGGAACGGAUACUCGGAAUUCCUGCCAAGCAUCCGGAGCUCCCUCCGGGGGAGACGAUGUGAUGCACAGUUUUGUUUGAGCAAAGGAAAGAAUAGAGAUACUACACAAAGAUUGCCCGA